AUGUAUCCAGACGGACCCUGGGGAUUCCCAGUGGUCGGGCAUCUUCCGUUGCUGGGAAAAUUCCUCCCUUAGCAGCUCAUGGAGUGGCGUAAAACAUACGGCGACGUUUACAGGAUACGUUUGGAAAGCUGGCCCGCAAUCGUUGUUAAUGGCAACGCUGCCGUAAAAGAGACGACGCCAACGGCCGGUGAUGCGUUUUCAGGCCGCCCCGAUUUUGUGACCGCACAGGUGCUCCGUAGUCGGACAGGAGACGAAGAUUUCGCGCUUGGAACUUUCUUUCCUGCCUAUAUACUGUAUGGGAAGUCGAAACAAGUAGAAAAAGACAAACACGUCAGGGCGAUUGUUUACGGGGUAGAGGAGAUUAAUUGUUUCAUGAGAAGUGGAAGCCCAAUUGACGUCAUGCCCUGUCUGAGAUAUGUUAUGCCAGGUAAACUGGAAACGCUGCGGAACCUUCAAUGCGAAUCAGACAAAAUUAUGUUAACAGAAGUAGAAGAACACUACAAAACGUUUGAUAAGGACAAUGUACGCGAUAUAACCGAUGCUAUUCUCAAUGCCGCCGAGCAACUGAAACAAGACGAUAAAGGCGGGACGCGAAGAUUUUGUGGCUACCAUGUUGACAAAGACACCGUCGUCAUCCUUAAUAUGUUUUCCGUUUCCCACGAAGCAAGGGUCUGGGGCGACCCUGACAACUUUCGACCCGAGUGUUUUUUUACUGAGAGCGGGGAAAUCAACACCUCAUUGCUCGGUCACUCACUUCCGUUUGGUCUCGGACGGAGGCGAUGUGUUGGUGAACAAUUAGCCAACAUCAGCCUCUUCAUUUUGUUUUCAUCUCUCAUUCAGCAGUGUCGCUGUUCACUGCCAGGCAGUGCGGACCUUACAUCGGUUCCGGAACUAGUUUCUACCCCGGAGAAAUGCAAUGUCAUAGUGCAGAAUAGGAAUUGAAUUCAUUUACGAAUGAUUGAAUAUGCAAUACAGUCGAAACCCUUUGGCUCCAUAUCGUUAGGUUUGAUUUUCUGGUUUGUUCGAACAGGAUGCCAAGGUUCGAUUUCGUUAUACAUUAAGUAAGCCUUCCCGCUUGGCUCGAUAUUCGCGAGGCUCGAGGUAUUUCUAGCCGGUCACUGGGAUAUCGAGCCAACGUGUUUCGACUGUAAUUAAAUAAUGACACCACACUGGUACUGAUAUAUUUUGUAUGCCGACAAACUUGCAUCUUCUUAUCUCCUCUAAACUGAGUCAUAUCCACGAAUUAUAUCUAAUACUGAAUGAUUGUAGUCAGUUCAUCGCCAAUCAGAGUGGCCUCUGUGGCUUUAUACAUGUGUGAAUCAUUAAUAUGAUUUUAAUC